GGUAUAUCCGGUCUAGGCGUUUAUCUUGGGGCAUGGCUUGCAUAACGUUAUUGUCUUCUGGAAAAACGCUUGCAUUGUAGCUGCCAAGUACGCUCGGCGCACAACGCAGGAGCCGCUUCGUGCCUUAUCUGAGUGUAAGGCGUCAAUAAACAUGGACUCUUAACAAAAUAUCGCACUGAUAAGCAUUUAUACCAUUAACCAUACUGUCCUCUUUGACGGAAGAUAUAGGGCAAUUGCGUGUUUGGGAUUCCAUUAAGGCUUAACUGGGAAUGGUCCUAUGUUGCUUUGGCGGCCAGCGCUCUGGGAAAGAGCGCCUGCCUGCAACUCAGGCCAGGGCCGCAGAAGUCGUUGGAGACGCAAACACGAAGAAUGAGUGCACAGUUAUCAGGAAGGAACCCAUUCUAUUGCCUGAGAGGAGCCUGGGCAAGGCAUCGCCAACUGUCGCUGCCUUAAGAUGCCACUUAGCAGUGGUGCAGGGAUCUUGGCUGGCUCGCGCACAUGCAUGUGUGGAUAGCGUCCUGGCAACCCUUCGGCCCCUGGCGCAAGUCAGCCUCUUCGGCGCCUCCCCUUGCGGCACGGCCCUGGUUUCCAUUGCCAGCGGCAGCCCCUCCGCACCCAGCGCUGCGCUCUCCCCGGGGCUAGUGCUGCCCAUGCCCUGGCCCGCCUGCAUGAUGGUGGGUCGAGGCGCCGAGGCGGCAACACCGUUGGGCAAGGCUGUCAGCAGGGACCUCAUGUUCUUCGGUGCAGCUGCAGCAGCUGCUGCUGCGAUGGCGCCGGGGGCCGGUAGCGCUGCCCCCGAGGUGUUGGUCUGGCAGGUGCCUAGCAGCACCCCGGAAGCUGAUCACAACGCGACGGCGCGCAUGGGCACCCUGGGCCGUCAAACCACGUACCUAAGCCUCAAGUCCUUCACACCCGUUCCAGCUGCUGCUGCUGCUGAUGGUGAUGCUGGUGCCUGCUUGGCUCCUUGCGAGCCGCCGGAAGAGUGGCGGUCGCUGCUGCAAACCAUAGCCACUGAACUGCUGCUAGCGUCGGCGGCGUCGACGCUGGCUGCAGCGCCCAUGCAAACAGGGUCAACAGCGCCGCCUUCGCUGCUGCUUUGGGUGGCCCUGAUCCCCAUACAUCUUGGCUCCAGCUUGGUCGGAGCUCUGCUUUUGGUUCCCGCACCACCACCAGCACCUCCACCUUCUCCGGCGCCAUCGCCACCACCGGUGGCGGCGGCGGCGGCACUAGCGGAGACCGGAAGUUCCUCAAGACAGUCAAGAGUGGCUGUUGAAGCGAUGCCGACAGCGGCGGCGGCGGUGACGGCAGCCGGCUGUGCUCAGGUUGUGGUGGGGCUGCCGGAGGAGUGGAGCAGGGAGCUGCUGACGGGGGUGGCGGCGGCGGUAGCGGAGUGCUGUGUGGGGCCGCACCUGACGGACAUACAGAGGGCUACUGUGGCUGCGAAUGAGGUUGCAACCGCGGCUGACAUCCAAGGCCUUGCGAGCGCGUUCUCGGCUUCCAUCACUGAAGCCUUGUCUUCGGAGCUUCACGUGGAUUUUGCCGUACGAGUGGCGCUGGUACCGCAGGUGUACGGUGUACGGCAAAACGGCGGAGCCGUUGCAGGAGCCGUUGGGACCAACCAACCAUGUACGGCAGGGCUAACUGCCCAGUACGGCUUCAUGCUUACGGAGCAACCGCAAGCCAGUGUACCGCAGCACCAACAGGCGACGUCGUCUAUGACAAUGGAUGCCCUCGCCGCCCGGGGUUCCAUGCAGGGCAUACCGUCCCGUGGGUCGCUGCGGAUCACGAACCACCAGCCGGCCAUUGAGAGGGUGUUGGCUCAAGCUGGCAGCCGGCAGGGUGGCAGCUUUUCCUCGCUUGCCUCCGCUUGGGAAUCUGUAGGCGGCGGUGUCAGCCCCAGUCUGCAUCACGCACUGAUGACCCAUGGGUCAACGGCAGCUGCGGGGCUGAACCACGCGGCCACCAACCCCAACAUGGUUAUGAGUUCUGGCACGCACUCGUUCCAUUUGCCUGGCCCCGGCAACCGUGGGGGAUGCAGUGGGGAGCAGCCCGUCCGGACAUGGAAGGCGCGACCCUUCUCGCUCGAGUCAACGCUCUUCGCUGCACUUGCGGCCAAGACAGCUGCUCGUACGGCCGUUACGGCCAUCAUUGCCGGCGGCCCGGGCAUUCCAAUGGCGUCAGUGCCGUACGGAGGGAACAGUCCUGCCGUAACCAUGAGUACGGCACUGUCGGGUUUUGAAGACGUCAGCACCGUCGGCCCCCUUGCAUCGGCCAACGCCGUACAUAACGCCCACAUUCCGUCUUGUCGUACGGCACUGGCUUCCGCCGCCGCCGCCGGCGGUUCUUCCAUCAUGUCGCCAAAAAUAGGUGCUAUUGGCGGCAUCGGCGGCGGCGGCGGCCGGGUCAGCAGUUCGGCCGUACCGCACGUGCCGGCGUACGUCAAUGAUACGGAUCAGCCCUCGGGUGACGUCAUGCUACUUUUCCGCUGGCGGCCCGGCCUCCCUCAUCCUUGUUGUGGGUUGUGUGGACCUGCCGAGUUGCGUAAACAGCGGAGGGACUGAUGAGGAAGCCCAGACGGCGCUGACGCGAUUCACGGCGCCGACGCCAAGGCAUGCCGUACGCUCGAGACCAACGACCGGCAACGGAAUGGGGACGUUGGCGCCGCUGUCGUCACCUCCGUCGGCGUCCGCGUUGUGGCCUUUCGCCAACCUUAACAACCUUGGCGGAGGCGGAGGUGCCGUAGCUGCGACGGCUAGCGGCGAUGCCUGCGUGUGGAUUGGGUUGUACCUCACAUGUCAGGACAGGUUGCCGACGUCGCUCCUGUUGGCGGCACGCGAUCGGGCACAGCUGUUGCUGGAGCUGCUGCUACCCGCAGCAGCCGCCUGUCUCGCUGAUGCAGCCUACUCGGAGCUGCAGUACAUGUGCGACGCGGUGGGAGGCGGCGGAGGCAGCAGCGGCCUGGGCCCCCAGCCAACAAUUCCCAUCAUACGUAUGAAUUCCUCCCUAGCCAGCGGCCGUCAACAGCACCUGGCCAGUCGUACCGCUGCUAGCCCCCUCCGCCACACCGCUAGCGACGUCGACUCACCCACCGUAACGUGCGCUGGCGCUGCCGCGGCUGUGCCCCCCGCUGUGGUCGCCUCCGUUGUGCCCAUGUCCGCACUGAUGAUGGGUGGGGGUGGUGGCGGCAGCAGCAACGGCGUGACGGCCGCGGCUGGUUCCUCCGUCGCCAUGCAUAACAACAGCUUGCAUGUGUCGCUGUCGCUUCGGGGAAGCAGUCGGGAAGUGCGGCUUGGCGAGUCGACGGCCUCGGUCCGAGGCGGCGUGCGAGAGGGUGCCAUGGAGUCAGAAACGAUGCUGGCAAGAGCUCUGGAAGGCGCCACAAGCGUCCACCUAGGCCUCCACACCGCCACCCUCGCCCCCACCGUCACCAACACCAUCACCAUCACCGCUUCGGCCCCCACCACCGCCAUCACCGCCCCGGUCGUCUCCUCCAACGCGCCCUGGCUGGCCCUGCAGUGCAGCUCCGGCUUCCCAACCUCAAGAGACGCCUCCGAACCGGCGCCCCAAGUCCCCCGCAGUCGCCUUUCCCAAAUGCAAGCAGCGACGGGUGCUGCUGCUGCGGCUGCUACGGGCGCCGCAGCCGCCGGUGGCGGCGGCGGUGCCUCUAUACCCACCGGUUCGAGCCUCACUCCAUUUCUUAUCAGCAGCAACAGCUUGGUUUCGGCGCUCAUGGGCAGCGGCAGCCACACGGGCAAGACGCCGACGAACAUGACGACUGGGGGUGCUGGCGGAGGUGCGGGGGGGCUGGAAGGCGCGCUUGAUAGCAUCGUGUCUUCUGGUCAGGUGUCGCUGGCUCAACCGCGAGUGACCCGUGGGCCGCGGCUGGCCCACUCGCCCAGUGGGCUUCUCAACACGGCGCGAAGCAGCAACCGCAUGCCACGGCAGCAUGUGUCGGAACUGUUGGCGUCCAUGCCAUGUGACGUGUACGACACGCUAACGGUUAUGCGGACCAACAUGGAUGUGCUGGUGAGCUCCUUUUGGAACACCCUGAGGUCGCAAAACACGGAGGGAACCCCCAGCCCGCACGCGGACGAAGACUUGCGCUUCCUACGACUGACCAAGAUUCUGGGCGGCGGGGGCUGUUCCACCGUAUACUCAGGGAUGCUCCAUGGCUUGGAGGUUGCAGUCAAGGUCAUGAAGGCCCAACUCGGCCCUGAGGAUCUCGAUGACGCCGCGCCCGAGGAAACCACCGCCAACACCUCACCACAAUCCCCAUCCGCACCCGGCACGCCAGCCGAGCCAUCACCCCCCUCACCAGCCGCCCGCCAGGCGCAGCUUCGAGCCCUCAUGCGGGGUGCUCGUGAACUCGCAGUCAUGACAUCCAUCAGCCAUCCCAACAUCGUACAGAUCUACAGCUACCACACCCGAGUGCUGGUACAGUCCAGGGAGGCAGCUGAGGCGGGUGCUGAGGCCGGUGGUGGAGGUGGCGGGAACAGCAGGGGGGGUGCGGGUGCAGCGCUGCUGCCGAAGCUGCUACCUGUGGCCCCGGAUGCGGACAUGGGCUCCUCGCCGGGGCCCCUGCAGACGGUGCUGAUCAUGGAGUGCUGCGAUCUGGGCUCGCUAGCUGACGCUCUCGACAGUGGCAUGUUUGCAAACGCCGUACGAGCAGCGGAAUCCGCCCGCUGGCGUGCCGCGCCGCCGCGUCGCUCUCAGACCAUUUCCCAGCUCUCCACCAUCACCUCAGCUGCCAACAAGGCCUCCACCAGCAGCGGUGGAGGCAGCGGCAGCAGCUUCGGACGAGCUCCCUCUGGAAGCCGUGCGGCCGCGGUCGGCGGCGGCAGCGGUAUCGCCAUGCAUGCCGUGUACUUGACGUUAUUGGAGGUGGCCCUGGCGUUGCGUCACAUGCACAGCUUGAACUUGGUGCAUUGCGACGUGAAGCCGGCGAAUGUACUGCUCAAGUCCUCCGCCAGUGACCCACGGGGCUUCACAUGCAAGCUCACGGAUUUUGGGUUUGUGAACCUGUUGCAAUACCAGUUGGGGGAUGCGGAUGACCCGGCGGCGAAGCCUUCCAUGAGGUAUCACGAGCCGGUUGGAACGGUGACACAUCUGGCCCCCGAAACUAUGGUUCAAGGCAGCAAGCUGGACCAUACCGUUGACAUCUUUGCUUUCGGGAUCCUAAUGUGGGAGGUCUUCACCGGCAAAGCGCCCUAUGCGGAACACGCGGGCAACAACUUCCGGGACGUGCCGUACCUGGUGGUACGAGACGGCAUGCGGCCGGUCUUCCCGCCCGCGACACCCACCGCAUUCAAGAGCCUGGCCCAGGCGUGUUGGUCCGCCGAUGCCAGCAGGCGCCCCACCGCCGCCACGUUGGUGGGCUCACUGCAGCGGCUGAUGGACACCGCUGCGUCCCGGGGUGCCUGUUGAUGCUGCAGCUGCUGCUGCUACCGCUGCUAAUGCUGCAAGGCCCGAAACUGCUGUUGCUGCUAAAGUUGAGAGCAUGAGUGGCACAGCAGCACUGGCACAGCCCAGCAGGAGCAGCAGCGACUUUCGUCAAUCAGCCGAAACAUGCAUGCACGCAGGUGCAGCAGCAGCAGCCGGGGCAGCCAACACAGCAUGGAAGCAAGCUCAGCUGCAACUGCGGUAGGCGUGUGCCGCGCGGCUCAUGUACCCGCAGCAGGGCUAUUGAACCCCACCAGCCAGCCUUACCUCCCGUCUUCCAGCCAACUACAAGCUUUCUGACGUGCAAAGGUACAAAGUAAGAUCGAGGAUGUGCGGGGUGCCACCGUUUGUCCUGUCCUGCUUGCAACCCAGGAUGUGUGGGCGGGUCACAUGCGGGGUUACCGCUGUGAUAACAUAUCCGACUUGCAUUCGCGGUUUGUUUUCAACUGACGUGCGAUGGAUUGGGUUGGAUGGAAUUGCUCGCGUGCGGUUUGGUUGUUUGGUGAUACUUGGUUUUACUGGCAGCCAGUUGACUUAGCCUUUGUUGUUGAAAGGUGAUCCAGUGAUGAAGAUGCUGUGGUUGGUGGUGCAGCAGGCUUGCUGUGAAUUGAUGCCGGUACGUGGACGUGCAAAAAUUCAAAGGGGA